UCGUGUUAACUGAUUACGCAUUUGUAACAUCAAGUUGCAAUACUAUAUCAAGUUUAUGGUUGAAUUGAUCUUUCAAAUUUGACAAAUUAACACUCCACCUUUUUCAUAUCUGCAGAUGGAAAAGCUCCAAUUCUCAUUUUGAUUCACACUACCCUGUGUAUUGUCUUUGCAUUUUUGCAAGAAUCAAGACGAGAUUAGAGACCAUGGCUGCUUAUGCAGCUCUGGUUUCUCUCAUGCAUACUAUAGAUGAUAUCAAGGCUCAUCCUUCUCCUCCAAUUUCCCUCCCCAAUCAACAAGUUCAAUCUCUCACUGAAAAGCUCAACUUCAUGCUAGGGUUCCUCGAGGGCUGUAAUAUUCAGCUCGAUGAUGAACAAACAAGUUGCACCCACUUUCAUCAACAUCUACAGAAAGUGAUAGAAGAGAUGGAUUUGAUCAAGACGAAGGCAGAGAAGAAGGCUGCAGUUGAAGCUCAUGAGCUGCAUAGAAACAUCUCCGAUCAUCGUGGUCGUGUCGGAUCCAUUUCCCGAAAGAGGAAAAGUCCCAUGGUGGGCCUUGAUGAUGUGCUUCCUCAACUCAUGGAUAAGCUCGUCGGAGGAGAUCCCAAUCGCCAAAUCGUCCCUAUUGUGGGGAUGGCCGGAAUCGUUUCUCAAAACUACAACGUAGGAGAAGCUCUUGGCGAGAUUAUCUCUCAAGUAGGAGAGGAGAGAGGUGAGAAUGGGGGAGAAUUAGGGGAAGAGUUGCACAAGUAUUUAUUCGGUAGAAGGUAUCUGGUUGUGAUGGAUGAUAUGUGGAGUAUCGAAGCGUGGGAUAGGAUGAAGGUUUUCUUUCCUUAUGAUGGCAAUGGAAGUCGAAUAUUGGUGACGACUAGGCUCUCAAACUUGGCUGCCCACUUGAGCAAAUCCAACACACUUGAUAUGAGAAAAACUUGGUAAAAUGCAGUUUUGGGAGCCAAUUUGGUGAAUCGCGUAAAUUUGUGUUUUCUUUACGUUUUCUGUUCGUUUAUUGCUCUAUAAUCCUAUUCUGUCACAACAGGUAAUUUUGAGAACUGGAUUUUGGUGACGACUAGGCUCUCAAAACUUGGCUGCCCACUUGAGCAAAUCCAACACACUUGAUAUGAGUCUAGCUGGAAUUUGUUCUCCAAAACUGUUUUUGGGGAAGAAAGUGAUUAUUUCCCUCUUGAACUAAAAGAAAUUGGAAAGAAAAUCGUGGACAAGUGUAAUGGACUUCCUCUGUCGAUUGUUGUGAUUGGGGGCCUCUUGGCAAAAUCACCACACACACAAGAGUAUUGGGAGCACAUAGAGAAAAACUUGAGUUCAAUAGUGAAUUCAUCAGAGUAUUGCUUGAGAAUAUUGAAAAUGAGCUACACCCAUCUGCCUGCUCAUCUGAAGCCUUGCUUUCUGUAUAUGGGAGCAUUUGAGGAAGGCCGUGCAAUUAGAGCCUCAACGCUCGUGAAGCUAUGGGUUUCUGAGGGAUUUCUUAAACCAAUA